CCCAGUAGCCAUUUUGGUCCCACCUAAAUCAGACUAGCUCCACUUCGGGCCGGAGAUGGGGGAAACUGAGCCCACGGCGAGUCUUUCGGGAACUCAGAGCUAUUGAUUUCUUCUUCUUCUGAAAUAUCGACGAGCGGCGCCGGACAACAUGGCGUAUUGUUAAAAAAAAGAGCGUUUGAAGUGAGGGGGAGAAUUUUUGUUUUUUUCUUCCUUUUUUGUUUUGUUUUUGGUUUUUUUUUUUUGUUGUUUUUGUUAUCGGAAGCGGCGGCGACAGACUGCGCCGCGGCUCGCUGACUUGAACCCGGGCGGACCGUGAUUUGGGGGUUUGAACGCAGGCCAUGUAUGGUAUGUCCUGCGCGAUGUAGAGAUCCAGCGUAGGGUUAUUAUGCUCUUGAUGGUCGGCCCCGAACAGUUAAGGUGCUCGGGGUGGAAAACGGCGUGUCUUGUCCGGGGGAAGCGUCGCUGUCGAUGUUAAGACUGUUCUCGCUGUGCGCUUCGGAGCCACCGGCGAGCAAUAAUCUCACACCCAGCCGCUGUCCGGCCGAAGGGGAGACGGAACCCGGGGAGAAAAUCGAGGUGGCCGUCGGCUGAGGACUAAAAUGUCCACAAAAACUCCCCUGCCUACCGUCAACGAGAAAGGGACGGAAAGCCACACGUCACACAGCAAUGGGCGACAGGAGAUCACCUCACGCUCCGUCCGCUUUGGCGUCUGGUCCCGGAGCUCUGGGGCAGAUGAACCACAGCAGCCCCACAUCGGUAACUACCGGCUGCUCAAGACCAUCGGAAAAGGCAAUUUUGCCAAGGUCAAACUGGCUCGGCACAUCAUCACCGGCAGAGAGGUGGCCAUUAAGAUAAUAGACAAGACCCAGCUGAACCCCAACAGUCUUCAGAAGCUUUUCAGAGAAGUAAGAAUAAUGAAGAUCUUGAAUCAUCCCAAUAUAGUCAAACUGUUUGAGGUGAUAGAGACAGAGCGGACCCUCUACCUGGUGAUGGAAUAUGCUAGUGGAGGAGAGGUCUUUGACUACCUGGUAGCACAUGGAAGAAUGAAGGAAAAAGAGGCCAGGGCUAAAUUUAGACAGAUAGUGUCAGCGGUGCAGUACUGCCAUCAGAAGCACAUAGUUCACAGAGAUCUCAAGGCAGAGAACCUGCUGUUGGAUGCAGACAUGAACAUCAAGAUAGCCGACUUUGGUUUCAGUAAUGAGUUUACGUUGGGCAACAAGCUUGACACGUUCUGCGGCUCCCCGCCCUACGCUGCCCCGGAGCUUUUCCAGGGGAAAAAGUAUGACGGUCCAGAGGUAGACGUCUGGAGCCUGGGGGUCAUACUGUACACACUUGUCAGCGGCUCGCUGCCCUUCGAUGGACAGAACCUCAAGGAGCUGAGGGAGAGGGUGCUAAGAGGAAAGUACCGUAUCCCUUUCUACAUGUCCACAGACUGUGAGAAUCUUCUCAAGCGCUUCUUGGUGCUCAACCCGGCCAAGCGUGGUACUCUCGAGCAAAUCAUGAGGGACCGCUGGAUCAACACAGGGUAUGAUGAAGAUGAGCUGAAGCCUUUUGUUGAGCCAGAGCUGGACAUCACAGACCAGAAGAGAAUAGAUGUGAUGGUGGGAAUGGGCUACAACCUGGAAGAGAUUCAGGAUUCUCUGACCAAGAUGAAGUAUGACGAGGUCACAGCCACCUACCUGCUGCUUGGCAGGAAGGCGUCCGAGCUGGAGACCAGCGAGUCAGCCUCCAGCAGUAAUCUCUCCCUGGCCAAAUCGAGACCCAACAGCGAGCUCAACGGACAGUCGCCGUCCCACCUGAAAGUCCAGAGGAGUGUCUCCUCCAACCAGAAACAGAGACGUUACAGCGAACAAGUCGGCCAGAACGUCCCCACAGGGACGGGCCACCCCAAAAGGAGCCAGACCACUGCGGCAGAAAACAAUGCCAAGGAAGAGGGCGGGGUUCAGCUCCGCAAACCCAGCACCCCGGGCAGCCGCGUCCCACCCCCCUCCAGCCCACUGCUGGGCAACGCCAACAACCCCAACAAGGCAGACAUCCCUGACCGCAAGAAAGGAGCCACUACCGGCCCCAGCAAUACAACGGCGUCAGCUGGCAUGACCAGAAGGAACACGUAUGUCUGCAGUGACAGAAACAACACAGAUCGCCUUUCUGUCAUUCCCAACGGAAAGGAGAACAGCAGCGCCGCCGUGUCCCCGAGUGGCCAGAGGAACCCUGUGGCGUCCACCCACAGCGUUGCCAAUGCCACCACGCCAGACAGACUACGCUUCCCACGAGGCACCGCCAGUCGCAGCACCUUCCACGGGGGCCAGCUGAGGGACCGCCGCACAGCGACCUACAAUGGGCCCCCCGCCUCACCCACCCUGUCCCACGACGCUGCGCCCCUCUCCCAGACCCGCAGCCGUGGAACCAGCAACCUUUUCUCUAAACUCACCUCCAAACUCACCCGCAGAAACAUGUCAUUCAGGUUUACCAAAAGUCGCCAUGUACCUGGGGAUCAAAAGGGGGAAAAUAAAGACAGUAAACCCCGCUCCCUCAGAUUCACUUGGAGUAUGAGGACCACCAGCUCCAUGGAGCCCUGCGACAUCAUGCGGGAGAUUCGCAAGGUGCUCGAUGCCAACAACUGCGACUACGAGCAGCAGGAGAGCUUCCUGCUGCUCUGCGUCCACGGGGAUGGACGUGCCGAGAACCUGGUGCAGUGGGAGAUCGAGGUGUGCAAGCUGCCCCGCCUCUCCCUCAACGGCGUCAGGUUCAAAAGGAUAUCCGGAUCAUCCAUCGCUUUCAAAAACAUUGCUUCCAAAGUUGCCAACGAGUUAAAGUUAUGAACAAAAGGGUCAUAAGAAAAAAAAUAUAUAAUUCUAUAUAUCUAGAAGUAUUUAAGCUGUACAAUCAUCCAAGUAGCAGUUUCCAAAUGUCCUUUUUUUCUAAACAAGAUACAGAGUAUGUAUUGAAUAUUAUGUAUAGAGUAAGGCUUUUUGGCAAUAAUCACUGAAUUACCUACUAAUAUCUCAGUCUGUUAUGGCCGUGUGGGGUCGACAUUAACGAGUUGAAUAUGAUUUUGUCAUGCUGUGAAUGUGGACAAAAGAGCAUUUCUAGUAUUAUUUAUUUCAUCACGUUUUUUUUUUUCUCCUGGGGGAAAAAAAAAAAGAUUAACGUAGCGUUUUGUUUUCAGUGUAAAUAAUGUAUCUUUCAAGACGGCUUCACUGCAAUACACAAUAUUUUUUUUCUUUCUCUUUUUGUAUUUGGUAAAGUAGAGGUAAUGGGAAGUCUGUGUAACCCACACGGUGCGGUUCACUCAUGUCUUCAUUAAAGUGUCUGUCAACUUGA